GAAAUUAUUAUCACAAACAAAGAAGUUUGAGAGUACACUAACGCAAUGGACGCCAGGGCUAGAAGAAGCAAAAUUUGGGAGAAUUUCACUCAAGUUGAAUCAGAGGGGGAGGUCAAGCUUCAAUGCAACCAUUGCAUGAUGGUUUUUGGAUGCUAUCCUAAUAAGAAUGGGACAGUUUCACUUUGGAGGCAUCUUAAGAUGUGCAGUAAGAGAAAUCUUCAAGAUUAAUGGAGCCUUAUGUACUUUUCUGUAUUUCAUUCUAUUGUAUUUGCUUAAACAUCAUGUAAUGGUCUCAACUAUCAAG